AUGCACAAAAAAGUGACAGGUAAUUUCAAAGAAAUCGAACGUAAUAUUCAAGAGCACGAAAAAUUUCGUGAAGAAGCAGAAAAACAACUUGAAAAAGACAUGGCAAAUCUUAAAUUUGCUUAUCAAGAUAUAAAUAAAAAACGUGAAUUAGAAGAAGCUAAAUUAAAACAAUCAAAUUCAAACAAAGCUGAACAAACGGAACGUCUUGGCAUGGGAUUUGGCAAUCGAAGAUAG